ACAAAAGCUUCCCUCGGACUGUUGUCUCUCGCUCGCCCCGCUCUUGAUAGCUCGUAAUACGCAAUUAACGACUCGGCCCGUUUAACCACGACCGAUCAAAACCAGGGAUGUUAUCGCCACUUUCCUUGCAUUGUUAUUAUUGUGAUUGCUCGACUGCAUAAAGCAAACUUAGAAAGUAUUUAAGAUGGAGCGCUUUCACUUAACCGCGAUUAUUCCGCCUUUGCAGCUUCUCAGGCUUGCCUUUUCGUUCGAGAUCGCGUGUCCUCGUGGGACAAUGAGAUAUUUUGUUUGUUAGAUUGACAAAGGGUUCGUUCUUUGGGUCUGAUUGGUACUAAAUGGUUGCGUGCAGACAGCAUGUCUACUCUGUCAGGGAUUGUGUCGAAGGGGGAGAAAGGAAAAUCAAAGUUUCAAUCACUAGAUAUCAAUAGCUUGUAUCGGGUGAGUAGGGGCGAAUCUUUGGAGCCACAUCAGCAAAAAAAUACAUUACCGCGCAAACAUGGAAUGCAAAGUCUUGGAAAGGUGCCUUCGGCACGGCGUCCUCCUGCUAAUCUGCCCAGUCUAAAGAGCGAACAUAGUAGCAGUGAUCCAGCUGUCAGUCUUGUGCCAAGUGGUGGAAGUGGUUGGGCUACUACUAAGGAUUCAGUAUCGUCGACCACUACUACUACCACAGUAGCGGCAACUCCACUUGAUAACACUACUACUGUCUCUUCAACAGCACAAUGCGCAGCAGGGACCACUGUCUCACCAUCCCUACACUCGCUGUUACCGGGUCAACAAAAUGCACCACAACCUUCGUUUCUGGAUCAGACAAACAACAAAUCAUCAUGGAGCGCGAUUAUGAGCAGAUCAGGAGACGUGGUUGGUUACGCGGGGCUCGUGGGGGGCGCGAAAGGGGGAAGAGGUGCCCUUGGACUGAGUUUCCUCGCCCACCAGUCCCCGCAGUUCCAACACGAGUUCCCCAGUCUCAGUGGACAGCCCUCUGCCUCCGUCUCCACUCAGAGCCAGACUCAACAGUCCUCAACAACACCCAAUGCAAUCUCAGUCGCGGUCCAUCAUUCGUUGCUACAGCAACAGCCGUAUGCCCACAACCACUCAGGUGGCACACCGGGAGGUCAGCAACAGCUGAAUCGGGAGUUAAAUGCGCAGUAUGGCCCAGGACCAAGCUUGCGCCCACAAACCGAGGGAAGCUGGAUUCAAGGCGGAAGCCGUACGGCAAGUGGUGCGGCGCCAGCACCACCAGCUGGCCCCGGAAGUGGGAAUACUCCGGCGGGCCAGGGCCUCCCACUGAACAUACCUGGUCCAGGAGGGCAUACCCAGGAGGGACCCGGUGGAGGGCGGCAGAACUUGGCCCAAUCGCCCAACAUGGGCGUGGGCCAGGCAGGCCAGCAUAAUGUCGCGAAUAAUCAAAGCGCGGUACCUCCUCCCGGUGCCCAUCAAAUUGGGCCAAACAUGCACCACUAUCGGGGACUCAUCCCAUCGUUUAUGUACAGAGGAAGCUUUCCCGGUGCAUUCCCUCCGCAAUUCCCACCAAAUUCUGGAUCCAACAGUCCCAGACCUAGAUUCAAUUACCCCCUGGAUCGAUUCCCGCCUCCUCAGCGCGAGCGCGUGGCCGAGGAAGAGAUCAUAACUAGACCCAUCAUCAAGGAGGAAGAUCUUACCCGUAUGGAUGAUAUUUCACGUGACGCAGGAUGGGCCGCGCACGAUGACAUUGAUUAUAACCAAAAAUUGGCCUUUAGCGACGAUGAAACCGAACCAGAAUCACCGAAAACCGACGAGAAGAAAGAUACCAAGGAGAAGAAGAGCGACGACAAUGCCGUCGAGGAGAAGGAGAAACCCAGAGACAGCCGUGACUCGAAGGAGCUUCGCGAACCUCCGCCGCAUCGCUCUUGGACUCAGCCUUCUAUGACACGCGAUUACCGUGGAUCGAAUGGCGCGAGUGGCGGCGGUGGCUACGCCGCCCAGUCGCAGUUGCAUUCUGUGCACUCCCUGCGAGGUGUCGAGGACGACGAAACGUGGAACGAGAGACGUAGACUCAAGGUCGAAGUCGCGUCCGUCGUCGAGCGUGCACGACAACGCAAGGAGGAAGAGGAGAAGCGUUUCCAGGAGUCGACCAAGCAGGCAGCAGCCAAGAAGCUGCAGGAUCUGGAGCAGAAGCUGAAGGAGAAGCAGGCGAAGCACAAGGACGAGGAACGCGCGCAGUCCGGCGAGCCCAAGAGCCUGAUCACCGUUCCCCCUGUGCCCCUCCCCAUACCCGAAUGGGAACGGGAGAAGGAGAACAGAGAGCGCGAGAACAGGGAGCGCGACCGGGAGCGAUCUCGCACCUCGUCCGAGGGCAAGGAUGAGAAGCCCGUCGGGCGCGACUCACGCGACAAUCUGCGCGACGCCCGGGAUCAGGGACUGGCGGACUUCCGUCAGAACGACCGGCAGAAUUUCCUGCGGCAACAGGACGCCGUGCGCAGCGAGCGCGAGCGAGAGCGCGAUCGCGACCAGAGAGACUCGAGGGAUCGCGAGCAGCCGGCCUUCUCCCGACACUUUCAGAACAACCUGCCGCCCAGGUUUCAAAAACAGCAGCUGGAGCGCAGCAACGUGAACUUCAACCGGAUCUCACCGAGCGCCGAGAGAUCCGCAUCUCAGUCCGUUCCGUUCUCUCAGCAGUACGAUCCUAGCAGGUGGCUCCAUAACACCUACAACUCCUUGAUAGAUAAUGGUAUGAAGCCAUCCAUGGCACCGCAACGUCGCAGCAGAACCGACUCGGACGCGUCGGCGCCGAUGGACGACGAACGACCUCCGUCUCGCGAUCAUCGCGGUGCGCCGCCGCCCAGGGAGGACCGUUACCGGCAUUCUUCGCACCGGCCGUACGACAGUCGCAAGCCGGGCGGUUAUUACGACGAGUACAGCCGUAAUUUCCGAGAUUAUGAGUACGACGACAGGCAUCCUCGCGAUUCGUGGGAGCGCGAAAGACACUUCGACGAUAAGGAGCGCGAUUCUAAGGAGAAUCUGGAUUCGAGGGAUAACCGAGAUAAUCGGGAUAAUCGGGAUAACCGAGACAAUCGAGACAACCGAGAUAACCGGGACAACCGAGAUAGUCGCGACGUCAAAGACUCUCGUCCCACCAGCGGCCGUGACGCUCGGGACGUGAGAGAUAUGCGCGACAGGGACAGCAAAGAGAAGAAGGACUACGACAAUUACUCAAAGGAUUCUUUCGACGAACGAGAGCGCGAGCAGAGGGAGCGCCCCGAGAGCUCGGAGUGGCGCGACGAGCGUAACCUGGGGCAGGACCGGCAGCUCGAGGUCGGUCGUCGGGACGUGCCGAAGGAAGAGCGCAGUGAACGCCCGCAGAGACCGGACUCGCGCGACAGUCGCACCUCCCGCGAGUCGAAGGCGUCCCUGCGCGACGACGAGCUGCACAAGCUGCGCGACUGCAAUUCCUGGGUGAGCGAGGUGUCGGACUACGAAGAGAAGAAACGGGACCUCUACCACGAGGAGGCUCGAGAGAGGGAGCGCGACCGAGACAGGAGGCAGCCGCCCGGCCCGGUCACGAAGGAGAAGAUCGAGGCGGACGAGCUGAAGAGCGAGAAGCGCAACCUCACGCAACUGAAGAGGGGCAGCUCCGAUCAGGAGAAGAAGGACCAGCCGAAGGAGAGCACUGAGACGAAGAAGGAAACGGACGCGUGGAUCAGGAAGGCCGAGCGCUCCUCGGAGAGCAGGCCGAUCGAGCGGGGCGACAACUCGCCGAAGGCAUGGGCAGAUGCAAUAUCGCCGACGUUCGAGAAGGAGGAGGAGAAGAUAGCGGAGGCAGCCGGCAAGGACGGCAAGGAGGCCGACGAGAUGAUGAAGCUGCAGAGCAGUACCCUGGAGAAGCCGGCGUUGUUGGAGAAGCGGGAAGAAGCCGUCGGCGCCGAGGACGCCAAGGAGCAGCUCAAGGACGAGAAGCGCGAGAAGAACACGCGCAACCGUACGAGCAGCGGCAGUUCCAGCUCCCGGGUGCGGGACGCCCGCGGACGCCAGUGGGGGGCGUUCAGCGUCUACACUCGCGGCUGGCGCGGCCCGGAGACCAGAGGACGCAGAAGCGGUCCGCGACCCGCCGGCAAGUCCGGCCUGUCGAGCAAGAGCGGCUCCUACGGGCACACCGACUCGGAGAACAGCGCCGACGAAGUGUCCGGCUCCACCGAGUCCGGUAAAGAGGACAAGCGCUCGGCUCGUUCGCCGAAGCCGUCGCAAAAACUCGAGAAGGAGGACCGCAACCGCGAUCUGUCGAGGCGCGACGAGAAGCGCGGCGACUACUCGUCGCAGUCGCGCAGCGAGAAGAGGGCGUACGACGGCAAGCCGAGCCACGAGGCGUUCGCGCCAUCGGGCGAGCCGUCCCGCCGUGGCCGGGGGGGCGGCUUCCGCAUUCGCAACACGGCGACCGCCGGCCGCAUGGAGGGCUACGGCCCGCCGCCCAGCAAGAGCCCCUUCUCGUCGGAACGCAACGCUGAUGAGAAGCAGAACGCCGGCCGGCAGAACCCGCCUACGACGCCUACCUCGGAAAAGGAGGCCAGCCUCAGCAUGCAGUCCGCUUCGAACGAGUCGACCGACGACAAGAUUAUCGCCAAGCAGCAGGCUCUCACUGCCGGCAUCACCGGCAGGCGCAACAAGUCGCCGAGUCAGCAGGCUCAGCAGCCCGGCAAGCAGGAGGUAAACCAGGCCGCCAGCAUGCCGUCGCAGAAGGCGCAGAUGCGCAAGGAGGAGUCCCGCUCCAAGAGGACUCGCAGCGGAAGCAGAAGGGGGCGAGACAGCCGUUUGCGCGGCAGUAGCGGCAACGUAUCGAAGCAGCCGCAGUCGGACGUGGGCAACGAGGACUGGGAGACCACGUCGGAGAACAGCGAGGAGCACGUGGAGGAGCACAAGGAGUCGCGCAACAGUCGCAACAAGUCGCACUUCGGCGGACGACCCAUCCAGGGUGCCAGCCAGAACGCGAUCGGCGCGAACGCGCACUCACGCAGGAGCGAGCAGUCGGCGAACAACCGGGAGCAGCGGGAAAAGAGCAGCAAGUCUUCCAACCCGGCGUCGCGGGCACCCGGCGCGGAGAAGCGGAACCUGCAGAACGCCGGGUUCACCGGCCAGAAGAACCACACCGACGGCAUACCGCCUCUGAUGCAGAACGCGCAGGUGCAGAACGGCGGCGGCGGCGGUGGCAGGUCGAGGAGCCAGUCAUCGACGAACAACGGCACGAUCUCGAGCAACAAGCCGAGCAACAAGGACAGCAUGGUCAACCGUAUCGACGAGAUCAAGCUGGCCGAUCCGAACCUGGUGAACCAGGCGCUGAACGACCUCAGCAAGAAGUCUCAGACGAAGGACAAGAAGCUGAUCGACCCGGAAGCCGAGACGAACAACUGCACCGAGGACGCAGCGAACGUCCUCUCGGAGGACAAGCUGGACUCGGACGGCUUCCAGGAGGUGCGCUCGAAGAAGAACGUGAAGGAGUCCCGGCACAGCCAGAAGGAGGAGGCGAAGCCCUCAGCCAAGCGGGACAAGGAGAAGGAGCGGGAACGCGACCGCUCCAAGUCCAAGACGAACGGCUCGCAGCAGCAGGUGUUGCAGCAGGUGCAGAACAUACCGCCUCUCCUCGGCCAGACUAUACCGCAGCCGAUGAACAUGCCGCAGAAGCAGUACGACAACAGGAACUCGAGGAAUCCGAGGCUCGCGCCGCGCUUCCAGCGGCUGGUGAAGCAGCAGCAGCAGCAGCUCUGCUCGACCGACGCCAGCGACAUGAACAAGCUGAACAGCUCGGGCGGCAACUACGCCAAGGACUCGUCCAACAGCCCGGCGCCGCCGCCGCCGGUGAACGCGUGGGACAAGCCCUUCACCAGCCAGUUGCGCUCGAGCUCGCCUUCGGCCGUGCCCACGGACAUCCAGCUGAUGUCCGGGCUGGAACGAGCGCAGAACGACCACAGCCACGAGGGCAACGAGGCCAACUCCGGGCACAGCAGCCAGAGGAACUCGCCGAGCGGCGAGAAGACCGGCGGCAAGAAGGAGAGCAUGACGGAGAAGAGCGUGUCGGACGUGUCCUCGCCGCCCGUACAGACCUUGAUCUUCGAGAACACGAAUUACUCCAAGACCACCAAGACCAGCGGACCCGCGGAUCUGGCGGUCAAGUCCAAGUUCUCGAAUCACAUCAAGACGCAGCAACGGGCGGCGGAGAAGCGCGCUGAAAUCGAGGAGGACGGCGGCCAGGUGCAGCAGCAUCAGCAGCAGCAGCAGGCGCUCUCUGUCGCCUUCUCCAACAAGCCGAACGACCUGAUCAAGGACAAGAAUCAGGAGCCCAUACAGAUGCCGUUGUCGUUCAACAAGAACGAGGACAACGCCGACAUGAAGCUGGACUUUACGUUCGACUCCGAUCUCUCGCAGCUCACGGAUGACAAGAGCAAGAGCCUCGGCAUGGCACGCUCCAUGCACAUGGCCGGCGGCCAGAGCACGAUAUCGCCCUCCACCGCGGAGCUCAAUCUCAAGAUCGCGUCCGUGAAGAAGGUCUGGGAGAACGCGCCGCCGAUGCCGACCGUGGUGGAGCACGAGGACGGCAGCGUCGUCAGCAGCGCGACCAGCUUCCCCCAGGCGUUCGAGAGCGGCGACGUCGACGACAGUUACAGCCCGCAUCAACAGUAUAAUCAGAACAAUAUGAAAAGUGAAAUCACCACGUCCACGAACGUGUGCAAGCUGGUUCCCCCGCAGGUGAAGCCGCAGCAACAGUCCUCGGGCAGCAGUGGCACGCAACCGGGAUCCACCGUGCCCGGGCCGAGUCCCAUCGGAGCCGGUCAAAGUCCCAUCGGUCACCCGCCCGUUAGCCUCCAAGGUCCUCUAAGUCCGCCCCCGUUCAAUUCUACCGGCCAGCCUUCGCACAUUAAUUAUCAAGAAUUCCCACAGUAUCCCGGCUCGCAAGCGGCGCAAUAUGGCAGCAUGUCGGCCAUACCAUCGCCACCAGCUGUGUUGUUCAACACAGGCUCAGGGCAGCUACCGGCUCAAGCGGGCGGUUUGUACGGAGCCUUCCAAUUGGAUCAGAGCAGGUCGCCGUUUACGCAAUAUCCACCCUACGCCCCCUCUCUUCAGAGCUCGUUCAGCCAGCAAAACGUGUACCUGCAGCAGCCGCCACCGCCGCCGCCUCACGCGCCGAAUGCUCCCACGCCGGAGAUGUACCAGAGCAAUUUGUCACAAUACCGCAUUACCGCAGCAGCUGCUCCUCCGUUCGGACAGAAUCAACAGCUCAGCAACAAUCCCAACACUGUGCUCAUCAGUUCGUCGUCAAAUUCUCUGAUGUCGGCCAGCGUGAAGCCCUCUUCUCAACCGAUCGGAGCUAUUGGAACUAAAGCGCCACAUUUUCAGACCCCAUCGGCUCCUCAACCAAAUCAGUUGACUUACAUACCGUACGACCCGAAUCAAGUGCUUGGUGUGAGCGGCAGUUACAUGGGCAAUUCGCAGUUGGUGCAGAGACCCGGUCCAAACGUCCAGGCGUCCGCCAAUAGUUACUACAGUGCUACAUCUGCGGACGUGUUCCCGGGCUCGCAAACAGGUUUCUACCAAUCCGGCGGCGCCACUCAGCAAACCGGCACACAUUACGGCCUGCAAGGAUUCGGUCAGCACAGUCAAAGUCUGGCGACAGGCAGCGCGACUCCGGUCGGUCUGCAGAACUACGGCCCCAGUUUCCUGUCGAGCUCAGGACUGCAAAUAGCGGCGGCGGCACAACAAUUUCGCAAUCCCACUGGAGGUUUACCGGGGCCGGGGAAUGCAGCGCCUACGUUUCUCAGUAAGCAUCAACCGCAGGAGCAACCCCGGCAAUUGAAGAGCCCAUCGGGCAAUCAACAGGAUGUGCUCGCUUCAGUUUUUAGUUCAACGCCUCAAAUACCGUCACCUAAGUCGAGGAAUUGUAAACAACAAUCCUCGUCGCAGCAACCACAGCCGAGCCCCACGCAGCAUCACAAGUAUCCUCAAUAUCAGGGCGUUAGUCAGUCUGCUCUGGUAAGCAGCUACAAUAACUACGUUUUGCAACAGAACGUGCGUGGGAUGGGUAUGCCGCCUCGUGCGAAUCUUCAGCAAUCACAGCAGCGUUAUCCGCCUCCCAUACAGCGACCGGUGGUACCGUUCGCGCCAGGUCCAAAUAAUCCCACGCAACAGCAGCCCACCUGCAUGCCGACGCAGCAGCAGCAGCAGGCUCAAAUCAACCGUCACAGGCCGAAUUUACAUCAGCAACAGCAACAGCAACGCAACAUGAAGAUGCAACAGCAAUAUUACUCGCCGCAAGGAAACGUCAAGAUGGAUUCAAACGACAAAGCCGACAGUCACAACGACAAGAUGAAUGACGGCCCUUCUGGAGCACAACCCGGAGCCAACAAGUCUAAUGUGAACCAGCAAGACAGUGAUAACAAUAAGGAAGAAGUGAAUCAGCAAAACGAGUGAACGUGAAAUAUAGGUGAAGGUGAACACACUUGUUCUUCCAUUUGUGGAGAAACCAUCUUUCCUCGAUUAAACGUUUUUGAGUAUAAAUCUCGUCGACAAGGGCAAAGACUAACGCUGCUUUCUUGUUUUCUGAGAAAGAGAGAGAGAGAGCGCGCGAUGUCACAUGAUGAUGGAAUUCGUUUAACUACGAGAUCACGUGCUUAUAUAAUCGAACUAGCAGUUAAAAUAGAUUAAAAGAAACAGAAAAAAAUCUGAUUUUUCGUGCUGUAUCGAAGGAAGAGAGAACUUAUAUAGGAAGUUAACACAUUAUUUAUACGCACUUCCUAUUCUUUAGUUGUAACGGCAUAAACUUUUCGUCUCUGUGAAUUCGAAAAGACGUUUAUUAAGCAUUUCCAAUAUUAAAUAAUAUCGAAUAUACGUGAACAUGUAAUUUAAGAAUGGCAACAGAGUUAAUCACGUGAGCGUUGAUACCGCUGCGGGAGAGAGAGAGAGAGAGAGAGAAAGAGUUUGGAAAGAUGACAUGAUUAAAUUGUCGCGUUACGUUUUUGAAUAUAAUUGACUCGAGAGGAAAAAAGAAACGUGCCGUCGUCGAAUGAGAUGAUCGAUCGAUUACGAAGAUACGAUAGUCGUAUAAAGAAAUGUUCUUCUGUAUUUGAUGUACGAUAUAAAAAGAAGUUUACGUUUUCGCGGGGUCAUAUCUGUGGAAAGUGAGUGCACAGAUUAUAUAUAUAUAUAUAUAUA